GGAAGACGAGAGAAGCGGACUGAUUUCCUCCACUAUGGAUGGGAAUAUCUACGAUCAGCUUGGGGAGGCCAUUGACAGAAGGCUUGGAGGAGUGAGGGCUAAAGCCCAACGAAAAGCGGCAGCUGGGCCGCCACCCCCUGCCAUGUUCAGGCUAUGGCAGGAAAAGGAGGAACCACCGAUUGGGAUAGAGGAAGUAGGGAGCGAUGAGGAAGUGGCUCAAGCGCUACGAGGAGGAAGUGAGACGGAAGAUGUCAUAAUCAUCGAGUCAGAUGACGAGGAUGAGGAGGAGAGAAUGGAGUCUCCGUCCGUCUUAUUUGAGAAGAUGGAGGACUUGCUGGAUAAGAUGGGGAGGUACCAACAGAAGUUGGUGGGCCUCUGUGAGGAAGUGAAGGGAUGGAGGUCUAACAUACCCAAAGUGUUCCUCUAUGACUCCGGCCCGGAGUCAGCGCUUGGGCGACCCGGAGAGCGAGCGUUGAUGGUGGAAUUAAUGAAGAGGAAGCAUCGCACCUAUGCGUUUAGUGACGAGGAGCGUGGCAGGCUGGAUGUGGACAAGAUACCUAUGAUCCACAUCCACACCGUACCACACGAGCCUUGGAACAUGAGAGGGGCGCGAUAUCCCAAUCCUGACGAGGAAAGGAAGGUGGUGGAUUACCUCGACGGCAAGAUACGUACUCACGUCGCCGACUAUUCAAGUGGACCGUAUGCGUCUCCGUGGUUCUGCUUCAUUAAGCCUAAUGGGACGUUGCGGUGGGUGCAGGAUUUGCAAAGACUGAAUGCGGUGACUGUGCGAGAUGCUGGAGGACUGCCUAAUGCAGACGCGCUGUCGGAAUCCUGUGUUGGAAGGCCUAUAAUUUCUCUUAUAGACCUUUACUCAGGAAACGAUCAGUUCCCAGUCUACCAGCCGGAUAGGUCGGUGACGGCUAUGCACACGCCGCGAGGAUUAGUCCACAUGAACGUGGCCCCACAAGGGUGGACCAACGCAGUAGCAAUGGUCCAACGGGCCAUGAUUCGGGCUAUGCAGUCAAUCAGCCCCCAUAUCACACAACUAUACAUUGACGAUUUGGCAGUGAAGGGGCCGGCGGUGAAAGAAAGCGACGAAGUCUCGCCAGGGAUAAGGCGCUUUGUCUGGAAACACAUCCAGGACCUCGAAAACGUCCUGAGCCUGCUCGAAGAGUAUAACCUUACGGCGAGCGGGGCCAAGUCCAGACACUGCAUGAGGGAAGCGACUAUUUUGGGGUUCGUCUGCAGCGAGAAGGGCCGGAGGUCGGAUGUGAAGAAGACGGACAAGAUUACUGAGUGGUCUGUUCCGUUCCACUCAAUAACUGAUGUCAGGAGCUUCCUUGGUACGUGUGGAUUUUGGAGGGCCGUCGUCAAGAACUUUGCCGCUAAGACUGAACAUCUGAGGAAGUUAGUUCACAAGGAUCAGGAAUGGGUUUGGGGGGAAGAGCAAGAAGAGGUGGUGGCCAGAAUGAAGGAGGAGUUUCGAGAAGGAGGGUUGGUGUUAGGAGCGCCAGAUUAUGAUGCCACAGAAACACGACUCUUCAUUGUCGAAACAGAUGCGGGGCCAACUGCCUUAGGGGGAGUUCUAAUUCAGGCAGACAUGGAAGGUAAGGAAAGGCCCUUGCGAUUUGAGAGUCGGACUCUCUGUACGACGGAGAGGAAUUACUCUCAGUUCAAAAGGGAGACCCUUGUUGUCCUCCACUGUCUGCGAAUCUUCCGGAACUACAUCUUCGGCAGGAGGUUUAUUUUGAGAGUGGAUCCGACCGCCCUGGCCUACUUUCUAAGGAAUUACGUUCCAUCGGAUCCAACGGUUGCCAGAUGGCUGACGUACAUCUGGAUGUUCAAUUUCGAAUUGGAGCGGAUUCCUGGUAGUAAGAACCGGGCGGACGGGUUGAGUCGAAUCAACUGGGAUAAACAGGAAGGGGAGACGGUGGAGAAUACGCCCCCAGUUGAUGGAUUUCUAGAUCAGGAAGAAGAUGUUCGUCUCCAUAUCAAUAAGUGGUCGCCGCGAGUGCCCAGCUGUGUAGGCUAUCCUAUCUGGCAAACACCAAGUGGGUAUGAAUGGAGGAAUGAGCUAGUCCUUAAGCCCUUUGAGGAAGAAGAUCCCUGGGGCGGUAAGGAUGUUCAGUGGAUGAUAGAGCUAGCGCUGACCAGCUCGCAUAGCCUGGUGGAGGACAUGAGAACGAUUGAGGAAGGACCUGGCCAGGUAGAACGGCAUGAGGACCUGGUGGGAGGAAUGUAUCUCCUCGUCAACACGUUAUUGCAGGAAGGCCUCGACCAGUCAGACUCGUUGAACUCGACAGGAAAUGUGGAUGAAGUGUCCGAGAGCCAGGACGAUGAGUUCGAGGAGGGGGAGAUUAAGAAGGUUUUUCGUGCAGAGGAGUACGACGGGAUCUACCUAGAGCUGGGGCUUCUUCUAUCAUGUGAAAUGCGGCUAAGGGAUGCAAGCGAUAGGGCCCAGUGGAUGCUGCAGCGCUACUUAGUGCGAGACGACCACCUUUUCCUGAGAAGAGAAGUAGGGAAUUCGAGGAGGGUCGUCUGCGGUAGGAAUCGUCAUAUCGACGUCGUAGCAGCGCUUCACGAUGGCAUUACAGGAGGGCAUCGAGGGGUACAAGCCAUGUAUGCCAAGAUAAGUGAGUUGUACUACUUGGAUGGAAUGAUGGACAUGGUCGGGAAAUUCUGUCGAUCUUGCGUGCCCUGCCAGGAGAGAUCCCGUUUAAGGCAAGGAGAGCGGCUGCAUCCAAGGUUAGAGCGAGAGGUGGGGGCUGUAGUGCAUCUCGAUCUGCUUUUUAUGUCACUUGGGGAUCAGGGUUAUAACUAUAUCUUCGAUGCGUGCGAUAACCUGUCUGGUUUCGUAGAUGGGCGUGCUAUUCGCACCAAGACCGGGUUAGUCUUAGUGAGCUGCAUCGAGGAAUAUUACCUGCGUUACCCUUUCGUCAGGGAAUUUAUAAUGGACAGGGGAUCAGAGUUUACCUGCCAGGAGGUGCAAGAAUUGUUAUCAAGGUCUGACUUUACGAAGACAGUCAUGCCAAGAGGAGGGAGGGGGACACGGCCGCCUCGGAGGCCGUUGGGAGCAUCAAGAGGAUAUGAGCGACAUGGGCCUCGCCAUCGAGAGAGUACUUCGGUAUACGAUGAUGGGGACAUCGAGCUAUUCCUGGACAGCUUUUGGGAUCAUGCGAGGCGUAUGGGCUGGACCGUGGCUCAGGCGAUUGAGAGAUUGAGGGGAGCAGGCAGAUUCGAGGAGCCCAUCGCGCGGAUCGGUAGAGAGGCGACGACGAGAUCAGAGGUGGAGUGGAGGAUGCAGGAGUUGCGACCCUCGCCUGUGGGGCCUGAUGGCAGGCCUAUCCGCCUGGAGAUUGAAAAUGCGUCGGACUUCAUCCCCGCAUUUGAGUGGUUCAUGCAGGGGCAGGGCAUACCGCGUCACGGCAUCUCCCAUGGUCCACGUGGCUUUGCCACUCCGACCCUUGGUGGGUGGGUGGGCGGGCGGGGAGCGCGGAUGGCCAUGAUGCUCCAGCGCAAUGUGGAGUUCCAUCGUUUUACUGAGGGUGGAUUGAGGAGAUCGCCAGCACGCACGCAGGAGGAGCUGCCAGCACCUGAGGGGCCCUUGAGGGAAUUGAAGACGCAUUUGGAUAUCUCUCAGUGGAGAGCGUCGCCUCAGGGCGAGGAGCAUGGAGAGCAGGCAGAGGAGGUGUCACAGGAGGAGGUGCCACAGGAGGAGGUCCAGGGUACUCAGCGAGAGAGAGAGCUGGGCGAUGAGGGGAGACGUGCAAGGAAGGAAGUGAUAGAGGUUGGAGAGGACAUGCCCCCACAGACGCCAGCAAUGGGUUUGAGACUUGGGGAUGCAUCAGGGAGCACCCGACAGGCAGAGGAGAGGUUGCAGAGUGAGGAGGUCUCAUUACCUUCAUCAGGAAAGGCUCCUUCGUCAGAAAAUAUGGCAGAAAGGAGGAGAGAGAGGGCAGCUGUAAGGAGAGAAGCCUUGAUCCUGAUUGACAGACACCUAGCAGUUCAUGCCCAAGAGCACCCAGACCUGGAGGGGCCAGCACCUGCAGAGCCUCGCCAGGAGCUGUGCGAGCCCGAGAAGGAGAUGGGAGCAGAGAUCCCAAAGAGGGUCGACCUCCGCACGAGGGAAAGGGCGCCAGUUGGAGAGACGACUGAAGAAAAGAGGGCGAGAAGAACCAGGCGGAUAGAUGAGAUAUGGCAGGAGAGGCAGAGGUUGGAGGCAGCAGGGGAGCUUCCGGAGCAGCAGCAGGAGAGGCAGAGAUUAGAGGCAGCAGGAGCACUCCCAGGUCAGCCACCCGGCGCGCCAGCUAGGGCCCCGGAGAUCCCUGAGAUGUGGAGGGACUUCUGGGAGCAGAGAGUAGAGGAACUUCCAUCGCCAGUGAGAGCUGGGUUUGGGGUGGCCAGGAAGGCGGAAGAGAGGUUAGAUCGUAAAAUCAAGUUCCUGGCCAAGACCACUUUUGACCGGCACUUGUUAUUGGAGAGCGAUCUGGCAGGGGAAAAAAUGAAGGAAGCAAGCCAUGGAGUACGCCUGGAGGCUAUGGAGAUGGAAAUCCAGGAACUCAGGGCAUUGGUGGCCAGCCAGACAGCUAUCAUUGAGAGCGUGAGGCAGCAAACCCAGGGAAAGGUGGACAAGCCAGAGAGCAGCAGGCAGGGAGAGCAGAGGCAGCCCGGACAGAGAUUGUCAAGACAACCAUCUGCGGCAGAGCCUCGCCAGGAGCCACCUAUGGGAAGAGUUACCCUAGAGCCAGUGGAGGCGAAGGCCCAUAGACAGGCACAGAGAGAGGCAUUCGAGUUUAGAGCCCCUACUGAGUUCGCGACACUGCCAGUGGCAGCGGCAGACCCAGUCGUACCUUUGGCGAUUGAGGAGGGGCUACCGCCAUCUAGCAGUGAGCCGGCUCAGGGGUCAGCAGAGGGAUCCAUGGACGUACUCUUUGAGGCAGUGCAUACCAUGCAGGAGGAGGCGAGUUUGUUUUCACCCGAGCAGAGGAUAAAGGAGCCGCUUAAGAAAGAGAUGGGGAUUCAGGCGGAGGGUGCCAUCGAGAGCAGGCUCCAGAGGAUGGGCACACAUGAGUAUGGACCAGAGGAGAUUGAGGAGCAACCCACGACAGUGCCAGGAGAGACACUCGAGAGGAGACCUCAGAGGUUGGACACACCUGAGUACGUCCCAGCGACAGGGGAUUUGAGGAGCAGACUGGGAUCUUGGGCUACUGGAUCUGGGUCUGGGGGACCGCUUCCUGGGACAGAGCAGCAGGAGGUCGUUAGUACCGCAGCUCCUCGAUCAGAGCAGCAGGAGGUUGUCAGUACCUUGGUAGGAUCUCCUUCAUCGCCACCUCCUCAGCCCGGGAAGAAGAAGUUCAAGAGGAAGGUAGAUCAACUAUGUUUCUACUGCAAGAGGAACGUGCAUCAUGCUCUGGACUAUCUCGAGUUCCUUGAAGAUAAGGCAGCAGGGAAGGUCUUUUUGAUGAUUACUACUAGUGUAGAUUUGAACUUUUGUGUUCCUACUGAGUUGGGGUUUCGAGGGUCAGGGUGGUUUAGAUGAGGCAUGUACAUAUUUAGAUGGCCUACGCCCUGGCCUUUGAGAGACAGAUCUGACAUAUAUUUUAGGGGUAGUUGUCAGUAUGGGUUUGGUGUGGCUUGAGUGGAGUGAGCUAUGAUUUGGAGACAUUUUUUGUGUGAGGCCUUUUUAUUUCCUGAGUGUAUAUUAUGAUGAGGCUUUAUUUCAGGGACCAUUCAUAUAUAUGACGAUCACUUGUCACUCUCACAUGUGUGGUUGUACUCUGAUGUAUGAUGAGUUUGCGUGGACAACGUGUGAAAAAGAUCUUAUUUUGUCAUAGGUACAGUUAAUAUGAUUGUAAACAAAACUGUCUACUCCUC